AGGUAUGUUCAGGACAGAAGCUUUUCAACAAUAACUGAGUGGUGUGAUAUUCAACCUUUCCUUAUCCAUUACACGAAGAUAUCUUCUAUCCUCUAACUCUGAUAGCAACUCUUUAAAACAUUCCAACAGCCUGGUUACAGAAUCACAGUCAAAAUGACGUCAAUAAUGGACAUGCUUGUGGAUGUUCCUUUUGAGGAUGUUGAGGAAAAUACCGAAUGUGUUGUUGAAUCAGAAAAUAUAGAAGAAACAGCCAACAGCAGUGCUGAUGAAAAGAGCGAUGAAAAGAAAACUGACAUAUUUCUUCUCACGGACGAGGAAGAAGAAAAUAAUGAUUCAAAUAAUAUCAGUUCUUACUACACUGAACCAAUAGUUAUUCAAAAUGUGAAGCCAAAAGAAGUUGAGAAACAAUCACCCAUCAAAACUUUCAAGUCAACAAGAUCGAAACCAGUGAAGAAGUCAGGAAACAACACAGAGUCUGAGAACGAUACAGAUGGGGAGACGGUGACAGGACGAGAUCUUAGUCAGCCUGAACGAGAGGAGAGUCCUUUCGAUCCAGACAAUCCAGACCCUAAUGGUCCCAAGUACUGUCACUGCAGGUGGGGGGAGUCAGGGGUGAUGGUGGAAUGUGAAGAAUGUAACGAGUGGUACCACGACGAGUGUAUAGGUCUGACUGAGGAGGAGACUUACAAUAUUGAGACUUACUACUGUGCUCCUUGUUGUAGCUCUAACAGUGACCUCGUUACCAAGUACAAGGAGGAUCCUGUGAAACUGCGCCAACAGAUUAUUGAUCAGAUAAGAGACGAAGAGAAGCUGACUAAGCCAAAGAGGAAAAAAUCAAACAUAAAAGCAGAAACGAAAGCGAUACCAAAGAGACCUAAAGCAAAAUUAGCCACCCCAAUCAAAGCAGCCACUCCGAAAACCCCGAAAACCCCGAAAACAAAAGCUCCCAAACCAAAGAGAAUAGCCCAAUCUGAGCACAAGGAAACAAAACGAAAUAAAAUACUAAACAGGUCUAUCCCGGUGAAGAGAAGUUACUCAGACGACAGUAGUAGUGAUGAAGAUAAGGUAGCGUUUGUGAUAUGUGAGGAAUGUGGCGACUCGUUCCCCAACAAGAGGGCUCUAGUGAGGCACAGUAGGAAACAUGAGAAUCAGACUGAUGUUAAGUAUGAGUGUGACGAAUGUGGCAAGACAUUCAACACUUCUAAAUCACUGAGGGAUCACGAGGUGAUACAUUCCGGUGUAAAACCCUUCAGCUGCAUGUUUUGUGGGGAGGCCUUCUACCUCAUGUCACAGUUAACUAGUCACACAAACUCGAAGCACCUGAACGUCAGACACCAAUGUGACCACUGUUCCCGUUCCUAUAGCAACAAGCCCUCACUUGUAACACACAUGAAGAAAGUACACGGAGAAAACGAAGACUCCGACUGAAGAUCCAAUCCGCUGUUAAAUACACGAUUAGUAAAUUAAUUAACGAUAUAAUUAAUUAAUUGCAUAAUUUCAAGAUAAGUAUUUGCACUGAUGAACUGGGGCUGGUAUCGCUCAUUAUUACUGAAAUAUUAAGGUUAAGUAAUGUCAGAAGUGCUUUAUAUAAUUUUAUUGUAAAAACUUCAGAACAGCCGAAGUCGAGGCCGUUAAUUUGGGUUACAUUUUCUUAGAUUAAUAUCCUACACUGUUAUCCUACAGAUAUCCUACAGUUUGCAUUGUUUUUGUUAAAUUGAACAAUUUUAUUCAAUUCAUUAAUCAUUAUUUUAGUAUGAUAUUGUAUUUAACCUGCUGCAACUUAUUAAAUAUCGGUAAUAUCAUCCCUGUAUCUCAACAUUCAACUAAAUUAAAAAAAGAGGUUUUGCUCCGCAUUUUUAGCUAUCAAAUUCAAUUGUAACCUUUAAAUCUUAAAUAUUAAUGUUCUAAAUUUUAUGCUUAUUACAGUAUUGCACGAAUAACUAGUUUAUUAGCUCACUCCAGUACAACUAUAAUUUAAACUAGUUUCCAAACAGGAUUUGUUAUUGAUAAGUUUAUUGUGUGACCGUACCGAACUUUAAAUAUUUAACAAGUCGAA